AUGGAUCAAAGCCAAAGAGUCGGGGCGGCAGCAACUUCGCGUGCUUAUCAGUUCCACCCAGCGCGAGCUGCCAUUACUGAUCUCUUCAAUCUCUACUUAGGAAGAAGCAGCCGCCCAAAACCCGAUGAUUUAGUCCGAGAACCACCGAACAAGGCACAGAAGCGCGUGGUUGCUCUUAACAGAGAGCUCCCUCCUCGAAAUGAGCAGUUUCUUAUAGAUUUUGAGCGACUUCAGGGCCAGUUCCUGGACCAAGAUCAAUUGCGUGCUGUGACAGAAUCUGUUCUUAUAUCUUUGGUUGUGCAAUGUAGUGGUCAUGCACCACGAGCUGAAUUUCUUCUCUUUGCCUUACGAAGCUUAUGCACUAUUGGUUACAUUAACUGGGACACUUUUUUGCCGUCCCUGCUAUCUUCAGUUUCGACAGCAGAAAUUUCAGUUGGUCAAGGGAAUCAAGCAAUGCCAACCAUUUCAUCCACAAGCUUACCACAGUCAGGAAUGCUGCCAUCAUCAAGCACAAUCCCCAACUCUUCUAAUUUCCAGUCUUCAAAUCCUACUUCUCCAUUGCCCUUGGUGCCUGGAAUUGGAUCGCCUGCUCAAUCAGCAAUUGAACCAUCAUCUUGUGGAACUCUAUCUCCAGUUAAAUCACCUGAUAUUUCCUGCACUGGACAACUGAGUGCAACAAGAGUCAAUUUUUCCAUUAGGGAUAGUGCUAUAAGUAGUCUACGCCAACUAUGUUGCAAAAUUAUUUUAACUGGUCUUGAAUAUAAUUUAAAACCAGUCACUCAUGCUGAUGUUUUCUACCAUAUGCUAAAUUGGUUGAACAAUUGGGAUCACAGACUGCAGGGAGUUGAUGAACCUGAUGCAAUAAAGUGCAGCAGACCUGACAAGGCACUGAUUGAAUGGCUGCACGGUUGUUUGGAUGUUAUUUGGCUACUGGUUGAUGAAGAAAAAUGCCGGGUGCCAUUCUACGAAUUAUUGCGCAAUGGCGUGCAGUUUGUAGAGAACAUACCGGAUGAUGAAGCCUUGUUUACACUCAUCUUGGAGAUUCAUCGGAGGCGAGAUAUGGUGGCUAUGCAUAUGCAAAUGCUAGAUCAGCACCUUCAUUGCCCCACAUUUGGGACUCAUCGGCUUCUUUCUCCUAAUAUUUCUGUUGAAGCGGUAGCGAACUUGCGUUAUUCACCAAUUACAUAUCCAAGCAUACUUGGAGAACCACUGCAUGGAGAGGAUCUUGCAAACUCUAUUCAGAAGGGAAGUUUGGACUGGGAAAGAGCUUUACGUUGUAUAGGUCAUGCUUUUCGCACUACUCCAUCACCUGACUGGUGGAAGCGUGUGCUCCUUGUGGCUCCUUGUUACAAGAAUAACACUCAAGGGCCUACUCCUGGUGCUGUUUUCACUUCUAACAUGAUUUGUGAGGCAACGAUUGAUAGAAUUGUCGAACUACUGAAGCAGACAAAUUCAGAGAUUAAUUGCUGGCAGGAGUGGCUGACCUUUUCGGAUGCAUUCUUUUUUCUUGUGAAAAGUGGAUGCAUUGAUUUCGUUGAUUUUAUAGACAAACUGGUUUUACGCCUUAAUGAUGGCGAUCACCAUAUUCUUCGAACAAAUCAUGUAACUUGGAUGCUUGCACAGAUCAUCAGGGUUGAGCUGGUGAUGAGUGCUUUGAAUACGGAUGCUAGAAAGGUGGAGACAACCAGAAAGAUCUUAUCAUUUCACAGGGAAGAAAGAAGCUCUGAUCCAAAUAAUCCUCAGAACAUCCUUCUGGAUUUUAUUAGCAGCUGUCAAAACCUACGUAUUUGGUCAUUAAACACAUCAACCAGAGAACAUCUAAAUAAUGAGCAGCUUCAGAAAGGAAAGCAAAUUGAUGAAUGGUGGAGGCAAGUUAACAAAGGGGAGCGCAUGAUGGAUUACAUGAACUUGGAUAGUAGAUCAAUUGGGAUGUUUUGGGUUGUGUCUUACACAAUGGCACAGCCUGCUUGUGAAACAAUGAUGAAUUGGCUAUCCUCCAGUGGAGUUCCGGAAAUGUUAACAGGAUCAAAUAUGCAGUCAAAUGAAAGGGUAAUGGUGAUGCGGGAUGUAAGCCCAUUGCCGAUGUCGUUAUUAUCUGGUCUCUCAAUCAACCUCUUGACAAAGUUAAUGCACCAAAUGGAGGAUGCUAUUUUUGCUGGGCAGAUUGUGCCGAGUAUUGCAAUGGUUGAGACAUAUACUAGACUACUGGUUCUUGCACCUCAUUCCUUGUUCCGCUCACACUUCAAUCAUUUGGCACAAAGGAAUCCAUCCUUGUUGAGCAAGCCUAGUGUAACUCUUUUGGUGCUUGAAAUUAUCAACUAUCGACUGCUUCCGCUCUAUAGAUACCAAGGAAAGAGCAAAUCCUUGAUGUAUGAUGUAACAAAGAUAAUUUCAACAUUGAAAGGAAAACGCGGAGACCAUCGAGUAUUUAGAUUGGCCGAAAACCUUUGCAUGAAUCUUAUUUUGUCAUUGAGAGACUUUUUCUCGGUGAAAAGAGAAGGGAAGGGUCCUACAGAAUUUACUGAAACUCUGAAUCGAAUAACUAUAGUUGCUCUUGCUAUCAUCAUUAAAACUCGUGGGCUUUCUGAUGCCGAUCAGAUGAUUUACCUCCAAGCAAUGUUGGACCAAAUACUGGCAACUAGUCAGCAUGCCUGGUCGGAGAAGACUCUACGCUACUUUCCUCCACUUCUGCGUGAUGCCUUGAUGGGGAGGAUAGAUGAGAGAGUCCUACCUAUUCAAGCAUGGCAGCAGGCUGAAACUACUGUGAUUAAUCAAUGCAACCAGCUGCUCUCACCAUCUGCUGAUCCGACAUAUGUCGUGACAUAUAUCAGUCAUAGUUUUCCUCAGCAUCGACGAUAUCUGUGUGCUGGUGCAUGGGUACUGAUGCACGGACACCCUGAAAAUAUUAACAGUGCAAACCUGGCACAUGUUUUGAGAGAAUUCUCUCCUGAAGAAGUAACAGCUAAUAUCUACACAAUGGUGGACGUUAUUCUUCAUCAACUUAGCAUGGAACUCAGACAUGGACAUUCUUUACAGGACAUUUUACUAAGAACUUGUGCAAACCUCACUUUUUUCGCUUGGACUCAUGAAUUGCUACCUGUGGAUAUUUUACUGCUGGCACUUAUUGAUCGUGAUGAUGAUCCGCAUGCUUUACAUAUUGUGAUCAGUCUACUUGACCGGCCGGAGCUUCAACAACGAGUUAAAUUAUUUUGCAUGAAUAGUGGGCCCCCAGAGCAUUGGCUUUAUUCAGGAGUGUUUAAGCGUCUUGAAUUGCAGAAGGCUCUUGGGAAUCAUCUCUCAUGGAAGGAAAGGUAUCCAACGUUCUUUGAUGAUAUUGCAGCACGCUUGCUUCCCGUUAUCCCCUUAAUUGUUUAUAGGCUUAUUGAAAAUGAUGCCGUAGAGCCAGCUGAUCGAGUUCUGGCCAUGUAUUCUCAAUUUCUAGCAUACCACCCUCUAAGAUUCACAUUUGUUCGUGAUAUACUUGCAUAUUUCUAUGGUCAUCUUCCGGGGAAACUCAUAGUGAGGAUAUUGAGUGUACUCGACAUCGGCAAGAUCCCAAUUUCCGAGUCAUUCCCACAGCAUAUCAGUUCGCAAAACCCUGUCGUAUGUCCACCCCCAGACUAUUUUGCAACUCUUUUGUUGGGUCUUGUUAUUAAUGUGAUACCACCAUUGAGUAGCAAUGCAAAAUCUGGUUCAAUGGUUGAUGCUUCAAAUAAUUCAGUGCGUGCUUCACAUAGCAAAAAUCCUGCAACACUCCAGCCAGGUCAAACAAAUACAUCAGAGGGUCAAAAAGCAUUUUAUCAAAUCCAAGACCCGGGGACAUAUACUCAGCUAGUUCUUGAUACAGCAGUCAUUGAACUGCUCUCACUGCCAGUAUCAGCUUCCCAAAUUGUAUCUUGCCUAGUUCAAAUUAUUGUUAAUAUACAACCAACGUUGAUUCAAUCAAGCAGUAGUUUACAUGCAACUCCAAGUGGUGUUGGGCAAGGUUCAGUUUUACCAACAUCCCCCUCGGGAGGAAGUACCGAUUCCAUGAACGCAAGCAGAUCAACUGCAGUCCCUGGGAUUAGCACCUCUAACUUCAUUUCGCGAAGUGGUUAUACAUGCCAACAACUCUCUUGCUUACUGAUCCAAGCUUGUGGGCUUCUAUUGGCUCAGCUCCCUCCUGAUUUCCAUUUGCAGCUGUACAUGGAGACAGCACGUAUAGUAAAAGAAACUUGGUGGCUCACUGAUGGGAAAAGGUCACUUGGGGAGCUGGAUUCUGCUGUUGGUUAUGCUUUGUUAGAUCCAACUUGGGCUGCUCAGGAUGAUACCUCAACUGCUAUUGGUAAUAUAGUUGCAUUGCUUCAUUCUUUCUUCAGUAACCUCCCACAAGAAUGGUUAGAAGGGACGCAUGUUAUCAUCAAACAUCUCAGGCCAGUUACAUCAAUUGCAAUGUUGAGAAUAGCAUUUCGUAUCAUGGGUCCCUUGCUACCAAGACUUGCUAAUGCUCAUUCUCUCUUUCACAAGACUCUAGCACUUCUUUUAGAUACAAUGGUGGAUGUUUUGGGGAGGAGCUCUCAGCCGUCAACUCCCUUUGAGGCAUCAGAGAUAGCAGAUCUCAUUGAUUUCCUCCAUCACGUUGUCCACUAUGAAGGGCAGGGAGGGCCUGUUCAAGCUAACAGCAAGCCCAGACCAGAGAUCCUGGCUCUUUUUGGGAGAGCAGCUGAAACUCUUCGUCCAGAUGUAGCACAUCUUCUUUCUCACUUAACACCGGAUAUGAAUUCUUCAAUAUAUGCUGCUACACACCCAAAGCUGGUCCAGAAUGCCUCUUGACUGUUCAGGUCAAGCAUUUCUCAAAAGCUUAUCAUUGCAUAAGCCAGAAGGACCAUGCCGGAUUCCCUUGUAACUUUCUCAAAAGCAAGUGAGCUUGCUAAUCAUCUAGAAGUACUCCCUGAGUCAACCAAAAGCCGGACACAGUCCUUUAUGCAAAAGACACUUGUAUUUUGUAUUUAACAUUGAUUGUAAGUUUAUCCUUGAUGUACAAUGCAUGUUAAUGGAGGGUUGGAACUAUCCAACUGUAUUGAGAAAUAUAGACUCGCCAGUUGCAACAUCCUCCAGGUAAGUUUCUGGGCAAUUCGCUAGAGCACUAGUUUUUAAGACAAUAAAAUGGUCUGGCCCUCGCUCCUCUUAAUUAA